AGACUAUUGUGUGUAACUACAGACUGAAGGGAGGUUUCGUCUGGAGGCUUUCUGGGAACCUGUUGUUGGAGCUGUCGGUUUUUACCAAGAGCACUUUCACUGUGACACUCGAGGUUCCGCCUCCUCCUUCUUCUUCUUCUUCUUCUUCGACUCGAGUUAGCGCAGCUACUGUCAGCAGUCAAGUUAACUGUCAGAGCCGAAGACUUCUUCUACAAGCUGUCAGGAGUAGUUAGUAACGCAGAGGCUCCGGAGCGUGCCAUCCAGACAAGCAAAAGAAAGCAUCUUUGGCUUUUUGGAGAUUACAGUGGAGAGCAGACUGGAGAGGAGAGAGGCUGAGGAGGAAGCAUGUCCACUGAUGAGGAGCCCACGUUCACAGUCAAGCUGCUGCAGCUGCUGCUGCUCUCCACGUACUGGGGAAUGCAGAUUUGGGUCACCUUCAUUUCAAGCUUUGUGAUGGACAACCACCUGAACAGACACACGUAUGGGUUUAUCCAGAGUCGUCUCGUCCCGUUCUACCUCCACCUGGGUUCAGCUUGUGCCUUCUUUAACCUCACUAUCUACGCUGUGUAUCAUCCCAGCGACCUGCUGGACGACAGAGAAGCCUUCCAGAUCUUCAUCUUCUUUGUGUCGGUGACGGUUGCAGCUGUGAACGCUCAGUGGUUUGGCCAAAUGACGUCAGAGAUCAUGGCAGAUAUGCACCUUAUCGAGCAGGCGUGUGGAUUGGGUCAGGACAUCGGCCUGUCGUCCAACCGUGAAGCUUAUGCCAAGCUGUGUGAGACGGAUGUCAAAUACAGACACCUGAGCGGUCGUCUGUGGCUGUACAGACUGCUGUCCUCGCUCUGUAACCUCUGCUGCAUAUGCUGCAACUUCUACAGUCUGUGCUACAUGGCUGAGAACCUCGGUACACUUUAAAGUGACACUUUGCAGCUGGACUGUUUCCCCUUCCCCCUCUUUCAUCACUCUUAUAAAUCUAAAUUCAUUUUUGUAUCAAAGCAUAAGUUAUAUAUUUAAUACCUGAAGUCUCUCUCUCUAUCUGCCUUAUUAGUUGUGAGAUACAAAAGUCAGGUAAGCCUCGUUGUUCUUGGGGAAUAAUGAAAGGAUACAGCUUCCAUGCCUCGACUUUGGCCCUUCUGUUUUAUUUGUUUUUAGACAAUCAGCGUCACUAAAGCUACAUUUCUCUCCUGAAGGUCGGAGGGAGAUAAAUCAGUCCCUGCAGUGACUAAUGUCUCACCUUUCACCUAGUGUGGCUGAGGCAGGCGGCGGCCUUUAUUAUUUCCUUUUACAAUUACGAUACGGUACCUUUCAGGAACCUAAAUAUAAGGGAUGUUUUUUAAAAAUAAAACUUGCAGUACCAGAAAUUCCAUAGCUGAAAUUAGCUCACUGCAUUGCAUCUUAUUAUAUGUAAGCUAAAGAAAGGUGUCUUUAUUAAACAGCUUUAUGAACUGCUUCCACGCUGCUUAGUCCUGCUCUUCCUGUUUAGGUGCAGUUUGAAUACUUUGUUCUCAGUCCAGUGACACAGGUUUGUCCGGCUUAGGUUUAUGUUAACCUUAGAGCACCUGUGAGGUAAAGUGAGAAACUGUGCUAUCUUAAGCUGCCCUGGCUGCUGGUAUGAAAAAGAUGUGUUCAGGAAUUUUUACUAUGUGGUAUACAGUGCUGUUUGUAGCCCAUCCUAAACACACUUUGACCAGUGGUUUGUUCAUUUGUACAUUGCAGUUAGACUUUAUUGGAGUACAUGCAGAGCUCCAGCUUGUUGCCUUGUAAAGGAGCAAAGACCGUUAAGAUUUGUUGUUGCACAGCAGGUUGAUGUAGUUGUAAGUAGAAAGGAUGGUAUGAUAGAAAGUGUUAAGACUUACUGAGAUGAUGUGGGUCAGUAAGACAAAUAAUAGUAGCACAGACUAACUAAUUUUUCAGUCUUGUAAAAUAACUUCUGUGGAAGUAUUAGCUCAGAACGAAAACCUUUCGUGGAGCUUCCUAUAUAAAGACCUGAAUGAUAUCUCUGCACUCAACACUUGACUCAUCCCGUGUGAUCUCCUCGUAUGUCGUUAACUUGCAGUGUGCCUCAACUGAAAAUUACGUCAGCUCAAUAUAUAAAUUGGUGAAGGAAUUUAAAGAUUUGCAAAGCUGUCGGGGCUUUAGCUGAAAUUAUUCAGGUGUGUUUUGCCUUGUUCUCUAACACCUCCAUGUGCCAUAUGUGUCCAAACGUUACUGAGCUGUGGGGAAAUGAUGCAGCCAUGACCAGAGCUGAAGCCAAAUGAGUUAAGUUGUAAUUGCACUAGAGUUGUGGUCCUGCAGUAAACUUCUCAGGUGUCAGAGCUUUAAUUUUCAGUUUGAAUGUUUCUGCGUUGUUUGUUUUGUGUGCAGAAAGGAUCUGCGGUCACAUCGCUAACAAGCCCUUCAGUGCUCCUUUUUAUAACUGCUUAGGUGAAACUCUUCUAACGAUAUAUUUCCUCCUCUUCCUGUUUUUCUAGUCUGUUUGUGUUGGCCUGUAACACGCCAUGUUUUAGGUAAAACACGCCAUCACAAACAACACUAAUGUCAUCAGAGCAGAGGCAGCAGAUCCUGAAACCUCUCUCUGAAACAUUUUCUUUUUCUUUUUUUGUUCUGUUUGGUUCGACUGGACUGAUGAAGGUGCUUAUCAUGUGCCCAUAACUUGCAAAGACAAUGCAAUAUUACCUAGUUUUAAACUGAACAUAUUAUAUUUUGUGUAUGUUGCCUGUUAGCUCAGCCUCUUUACAUUAAUAUAAAAUCUCAAUUCAAAUCAUUUGACAGUUUUGUGAAUAAAUGCAAAAGCUGUAUUUGUUUGCUUUUUACCACUUUACACUAAUUUGUGUAUAUUUAUACCGGUUUAUUGAUAUGAGAUGAUGGGUUCUAAGUGUAGUGUGGACUGUGUUAUACUGAAUGUGAGUUGCCUGAAGGCCAGUGAGGUCAGAGGUCAUGAGCUAUUAGUAGUGGUUGGUAGUGGGAAUGUAUCAUAAAUUAUGUUGACAUGUAUGGUCUGUUUUUUUGUAUUAAAACGUUCUCUCAGUUUUGUGCUUCA